AUGCUAUUAUUUUCCUUGUGUUUGAUUCCAUUAUUCUGUUCUAUUCUUCUAGUAUCGGGAUGGAAUAAUUAUUGGGCUGAGGCAUUUCAGGUGCCGUUGUUCCAAUCAGUUCAAGCGCCAUCACUCCCGAUUGUUCGAGGUACAUUACGACCAUGGACCUCGUCAUCAUCGAAAAGCUCUGAAGGCGGUGCGGGCAUCAUUCAAAGUCGAACUCUCACUCUGCGAAGCGUGUAUCAUCACGGAACUAAAGAACAUCCCGAAUUACAUCGACGCCUCAAAAUCAGUCCCGAUAAGAUAAAGAAAGCGGCGAUCGAAGGCAGCGAAAGCGAAGAUGGCAUUGGACCAUUCACCGUCUCAACAGCUCCAAUAGGCAUUCACAGACUUAAAAAACGAAGUGUACAGGAUAUAGAAGCUUUCAAUCAAUGGCCCGCCGAUCUCCCUGCAUCAGCAUGGGCUGUUAAUGAUGUGCCAGCGCCAGAUGUGACAGAUAAAUCCACCGUGGUCAAUUUCGCUGUCAUGGCAGCAAAUACUUAUCAGCGAACUCCCGAUGAUCCUGAAUGGGAAGACAUAAAACCUCCUUUCAACCUUUCAUCAUCUAUUGGAUGGGAAUCGGAUGGUCUGCGGGGCCAUGUUUAUGCCGACGAUACAAAUACUACAGUCGUUAUCGCGUUAAAGGGCACAACUUCAGCUGUAUUCGAUGGAGCGGAGACAACUACAAAUGAUAAAGAGAAUGAUAAUCUGUUUGCUGGAUGCUGCUGUGGACAAGGUGGAUGGGGUUUACGAAAAGUAUGUGACUGUAUGACGGCAACAUAUACAUGCAACGAAAUGUGUGUUUCCAAGGCGCUGAAGAAGCCAAAUCGUUAUUAUCAAGCUGCUGUGGAACUGUAUGGAAAUAUUACAGAGGAAUAUCCUACGGCGGACGUUUGGUUGACAGGUCAUUCUCUUGGAGGACUUGUCACUACUCUCGUCGCAUUGACUUUUGGCCACCCUGUACUGACCUUUGAAUCGGUCCCUCAAGCAUUGGCAAUCUCUCGAUUGGCUCUUCCUACGCCACCUGGAUACAGCUCCGCUUCGGAAGCUCGUGAUAAUGUCGGUAUAUGGAAUUUUGGGCACACUGCUGAUCCAGUAUAUAUGGGUACGUGCAAUGGAGCCACAUCACUUUGCGCUUUUGCUGGUUAUGCCCUCGAAUCGACGUGUCAUGCAGGAUUACGAUGCGUAUAUGAUGUUGUUGCGGAUCUUGGUUGGAGUGUAUCUCUGUCUACUCAUGGAAUCAGAGCCUCUAUCAAGAAUGUAUACAAAAAGUAUGAUAAAGCUCCUACUUGUAUUGCAGACACCGAAUGUGUCGAUUGUUUUAAUUGGAAACGAGAGAAGGGAUCCCGCUCUACUACAUCAAGUACCACAGCAAGCACAACAUCCAAACCAAGGACUCGUACUGAGACUUGCAAGACUCCUGGCUGGUGGGGUUGCUUGGAUAAAACUAGUGCGAGCACAACUUUCACGUCUACGACAACAAUCACCUCGACGUCUUGUAAGAGUUAUGGAUGGUUUGGGCGAUGCUUAGACCCAGCUUCUACCACAUUUACGUCUAAAACUACAAUUAUCGAGGCUUCAGCAACUAUACAUGAGUUCUUAGCCACUGUUACCAGUAGUCGAGAUUUCACCAAAGGGUUGAAGACUAAAACGGCUCAAGCACAUCAAAUUACUGCCUCGCCGAUUGCCCCAACUUGA